AGUUUGGGCAAAUUUCAACUUAAAGGAAACAUUUUAUUCUCAUCGUUUCGCUUUGAUGUUCUGAUGCCUUCAUGCAUUGUCAUUCUAAUUGAGCGCAGAGUGUGAAUAUCUUGUUGAAUAUCUGAACUGUGAAGGGUAUGGUACAUCUAAUAAGCUUGAGGUUUCUGUGGUUAAAGAUAUUUCUGUCUCCGCUAUUCCAUGCCUUUGGCAUAUCAGACUUGAGGUAUUUGUGGUUUGUUUUGUAUCAUAUAAGAACUGAAGCUUCUGCAUCUCAAGCAUAAUGAACUCAAGCACCGAUGAUAAUGACAAUGAUUCGCUUUGCGCUGCUUGUUCUUCUUAUGAUGCCCACAGUGUCUCUUGAGAAGCUGGCCAAUGAAACAAAAGGAUAUGAAGAUGGACCUUUAGAAGAGCUGAUGGACAAGAAUGCUGUGGACAUUUCCUUAUGCAAGAAGUGCAAGGAAAUGGUGAUGAAACUUCAAAAGAUUGUGCAACCAGGAGAAAGCAGGGAUCAACUUAUUAAAGAUAUACACAAAGUUUGUGACAAAAUGUCGUUUGUCAAACGUAUGUGCAAAUCUCUGAUCAGUAAGUUCCUGGACUACAUAGCCAAAACACUGGAGGAUGAAAAUGCCCCUCAAACUAUCUGCCAGAAACUAAUGGUCUGCAAGAAGGAGGCCUGGGAUUAUUAUUAAGAAGGAGGUGUAGCUGCUCAGGUCCACAUAUAUUUGUCAGAAGUCACCAGAAGUAUGUGCUUAAGUACACAAAAAUUCAACGAUGGUGUCAUGUAUAAUAAAGUUUAUUUCAAUGCCG